AUGAAAGUGAAACCACAAGGUCCUGGGUUGGGGGUCUCAUCUGCCAUAAAUGUAAUUAAUGCACAAUCCCUUGGCUGCCCUUCUGUGACAUGCUGUUUUAUGGAAGGGACAGCAGGUGGAGCCAUAUCAGUAAGUCAAUGGGGGCCUCUUGGCUCUUCAAGUGUUGGGGUUAUUGGCCUUUUGCAGUAUUUUGCAGGAAUUGAGUGGGGGCGGGUGUGUGUGCCCGUUCCUCCUCCUACCCCUGAUCCCCCUUUGGCUGUGUAUGGAAGGGACUUGUCCUCAAAGCUGGUCUGUCGCUUGGAGCAAGAGGGCUCUGGACCUAUAGAGGGCUGCUGA